UGGUAGACUACUUGUGUCUAAUAUAUCCCCAGGGCCCUGUUGAUGAUUAUCCACGGUUUGAGCGGACACUGUCAGAGAUAUGAAGAACUCGCCACAGAACUGAACAAAGAGGGUGUCCUGGUCUUUGCACACGACCACGUCGGUCACGGCCAGAGCCAGGGUCACUCUGCUGACAUCAAGAGUUUUGACGAGUACGUUCAGGACGUGUUGCAGCACGCCGACAAGAUGCGAGCCGCGCACCCCGGGAUUCCGCUCUUCGUCUUCGGACAGUCCAUGGGAGGAUCCGUCGCCAUUCUAUCAGCCCUGGAACGUCCCACUCUGUUUGCAGGGGUGAUCGUAUCGGCCCCUGGGGUCAUUCCCGCGCCAGAGACUGCUACCAGAUUUCGGGUGUCAGCUGCGAAGGCGCUGGCUUUCUUCGCCCCGAGGACAGGGGUAGCGAGGAUUGAGGCACAUCUGCUCAGCCGGGACACUGCUAAGGUAGAUACUCUUCCAUUACAGGUGAAGGCCUUCAAAGACGACCCGUUAGUAUUUCACGGUCAUGUCUGUGCCCGCUGGGCAGUCGAAUUCCUGAGCGCCAUGGAGCGGAUCCAGCGUGAAGUGCACAACUUCCGCACGCCUCUCCUGGCCCUGCAUGGUGACCAGGACAAGAUGGCUCUCAUCGACGGAACCAAGUUUCUGUACCAGCACACCAGAAGGGCGGACAAACAGUUAAAGAUCUAUCCCGGCGUUUACCAUGAACCUUUGUUUGAGCUGGAGCCGGACGCCCAGACCGCACGCCGCGACAUCGUGACAUGGGUGGUGGAGAGAAUAUAGGCCGGGCAGUACCGACAGGACACACUAGAGGGCGCAACGACACAGCAGAACAAUAUCUCAGUGAUAUUCCUGUGUGUACAGUAGUACACAGCAUUGGACACUGGACUUCAAUACCACAUACCACCACAUAUUACCUGCAAAAUGCACAUCUCAUGAAAAAGCUCUUUUGGUAACUUUGGGGUAGUACCAAACUUAGUAGGUUUACAAAAGGACUAGAGAUGAUUUUUCAUUUUUCCAUAAAGCUACACAUGUACCUGUGGAGGUUGUUCUUACCAAGUAUUGAAGUAUGCAUGUUCAGUAGGGUAAUUCUGUUAACCCCCAAAGCUACAUGUAGAUGUGCAAAGGCUAGGUCUGAUGGGUCAAUUGGUGUAAGAUAACCAACUGCUUCCAGGCAAAGUGCCUGUGAAGAUGGUGUGCUACACCCAAUGGUGGUUAUAUAGGCUAAAAAGAAAUAUGUACAUGUACAAAUACAAAUACAGAAACUGGUGUGUUACUACGAAAGACAGUUAUACCAGCUAUACAGAUAAAUAAAUGUAUACAUUGUGUGUAGAUAAAAAUACAGAAGCUGUGUGUGCUACUCCAAAAGGUGGAUAUGCCAGCAAUACAGAUACAGAAUUUAGAGGUUACAGAAUAUUGUAAUAAUAUAAGUUUUGAGAAAAAAGUUAAUUCAUACAUGUACUAUUAGCACUAUGGUCCAUUCUCUGCCAUCUUGCUUGGUCUUGUUCAAAACGGUUACCAUCAAAGUUGUUAUUAAUAUGUACAGCCUCUAUGCCAAGACCAUUAACUAACUUGAAUUCUCCAAACAGAUGUUGCAAGGCGAAAUCGUAAUGUCUUUUAUUUGUUGCCCCACAUUUUUGUUUUAAAUAGCCUUCCUAAAACCUAAAGACUGUUUGAAAGAAAAAUAUAGCUAGCUGUAAAGCCACUACGAUUUUACCUUUAACAUUAUCGCUGACCCUGACUACAACUAAAAAUCACAUUAUCUAUCAAACAGUGCAAGUACACUACACUAAAGGUUAGGUCCCUCUAAAGGAAUGAAUGACACGGCACACAAAAGGAAUGUUGUAAAAGUCAAAAGCACCUUUUUAUUUGUUCUGGAGUGGUACGUACGGUACGCGUCACACUCGUGUGCGCGGCUACAGGAAGAAACAGUCGUAAGAAAAGGCACUCCCUUAUUUUUGUUUAUAUAAGCGUCGGUUAGCCCCACCAAUGCGAAAAGCGUCAGUUGCGGCGUGGUUAGCCAAGUGCACGUUACUCUAUAGGGGUCCACCCUAACGUGGUUUUAUUCAACUCUCAUCACCCCGUUUAUCAUACUACUCUGAAAAAAUACAAACACAACUCUAAAAUUUAUGCAAAGUCUUCGUCAACAACAUCUAUAAUUUAAAUUAGCCACCAGAUAAGUGAGGUGGGGUAUAUGCAAGCAGAAAACAAAAGCUUUCACUCGUGUAGUCUUUCUUUCUUACUCUUGUAUAAUUGUCAUUUAUUCAUUGUCAAUUUGAAAUCACUCCAACGUAUGUUGGAAAAUUGUUAUAGAGUCUAGCAUUAAACCUACAGUUAGUUUUUAA